GUUAUAAAGGACGUGCAGUAGCCUACGCCUAUCAUCACUUGCAUCGUCAUUUCACUUUCUCAGCGGACUGAGAGCAAAAUGUUUAUUCGCAGUGUUUUCUUAGUGCUCUGUCUUGCAACCUUGGCAUGGACAGCGGCGUUACCUGCUGAUGGAAAGAUGGACUGCUCACAGUUUUUCCUGCCCAUCUGUACUCGUGAAUACGAACCAGUUUGUGGAAGUGACGGAACUACUUACUCCAAUCCGUGCAUGCUGUGCCUACACAAUUUCGAGAAGGCGGACAGCGUUUUAAUGGCCAGAUCUGGCGAGUGUUGAACCGACUACCACGCAGCUACCCUGAAAAUAUGUGAUCUUAAGUAUGCCAGAUUUUUUUUGUAACAUGUUUGCAGUAAACACAAUUCAUGUUUGUGUUCUGAAUGUCUGAACUUGAGCUCUUCAGAUUCUAACAGUAGCUUUUGAGGAUCAAAGUAAAAUUGACAAUUUCUGAAUUUGAACAAUAUUGCAUUUAAUUUUAAUGUUUUCCUAUUAAUGUUCAUGUCUUCCUGAAGUAAAGAUUUUAUUUCAAUAAUGUCGUUUGUUUUGUGUUUUUAAACAAAUCCUCCACUUUGGUUAUGUUAAUGUACAUAUUUUGCCUGUUUUGGUGUAAAACAGUUUUCAACAUCUAGGUUUUUGUUGGUACUUGGUGUUCUUCUGAAGCUGAUAUUCUGUGUUCUUUUAGUCUGAAUCAUUCUUAUUUAUUUCUAAUUUGUGUCAGGUAUUUACUUGAUUCUGAAGAGAGGGAGUGUUUGUCAGUGAGCCCACAGGCCUCAUUCAUAACCUGUCAGAUUUAAAAAAAAAAAA